AUCUCUAAUUUAGUUUUCAUUGUCAUCAUUGUAAAAAAGAUCAUUUAUUUUGAUUCAUAUUAGAUACUAAGUUGUUCUUCGAAGCAUAAAUUGUGAAUUAUUAAAAUAAUUUAUUCAUAGUGCUUGUUAAUCUCGAUAAAAUGACUAAUAUCAAAUAUUUGAGUAUUGCUGUUCUUUUAUCUGCAUUUAUUGUAGAUAUAAUAAUAGCAAAUCCCUUUAUACAAGGAAAUAUAAGUAAACAAAAUAACAUUAUUAAUUCAAUUGAUCAAGAUUGUAACUGUAUUAGAUAUAAUUGUGGAUGUUGCAAACAUAUAGAAUAUGAUAUCGUUUUUCUAAAUGGAACAUUUUGUGGAAAUGCAUCUUAUUUGGAAAAAGAUUAUGGAUUUUCUGUCACUAUGUCUUACAAUAAUUUCUCUCUAAUCAAUGAAACAAUAUCAGCAAGAAAUCCACCACCAGUUUGCUACAAUUUUCUAGAAUUUUCACAUUUGCUAUCAUUGCCAAAACUGUCACAUUUAAUCUAUAUUUGCUUACGUCUUUAUGACAUAGAUAUAAAUAAAAAUGGUUUUCAUUUAUGUUUUGAAAUAAAAAUGAAAGUAUUAGCACACGAUAUAAUAGUAAUACCACUAGGUUGCAUUAAUAAAUUUAAACAUGCAAACAAGAUAUAUAAAGCAUAUCCCAAUGUCAUAAUGAUAUAA